AUUAUAACAUGAUGUAUUCCGUCGAAGACAGUGUACACCCUCCGCAACGUGAUAAUCACAGAAGAGGCCCUGAAGAUCUAAUCAAUCAAGAUCUUGAAGAGAAUUCUGCUAGAUUAAAUUCAGGUCAUCACAACCAGGAUACUCCAGAAGCAAGCGUAAAUAAAGCAAAAGGUCUUGAUGAUGCUCUGGGUCAAGAGUCAGAGAAGAUGUCUAAAAUUACAGGAAAAAGAGUUGAAGGAGUUAUUUCACCAAAUAUUGGGAUAUCUGGUAAACGUAAAAGUCCAUUCACAAUUUCAAAGAAAUCAUACAGAUCAAAAAUAACAACAGUUAGUAAAGACAAAAGGAGCAAAGUCAGCCGAAGAGGAGGAAGUAUGGAAACUUCUAGCAACACAAGGGCUCAAACUGGAGCAAUUGGCAUGGCAAUGAAAGUGCUAAAUAUGGAUGAAGAAGAGAAAGAGAUGGUAUAUUUUUCAACUACCGAACAUAAUAUCAAAAUGAAAGACCAAUUGCAAGUAUUAUUCAGCAAACUAGACCUUGUGGAAGCUUUCAAGACUCAGCAAGGCAGCACCAAGCGUGGUGACUACUUCACACUCAAAGAUGAAGCUUUCCGCGAGAAAGACCUCGAAGUCGGCAAGAUCCUCCGCAAAAUGAAGAAGGUCAAGGCUCAGAUCAAUGUCAUGCGCAAGCAGCUCAGGAUGUCAUACGACGGCGACAAACUCACCGAACUUGAGAACGAGCGUAAAGCCAAGACCAAAAAGUGGAACAAACUGAGGCAGGAGAACGAAAAGCUGAAGACAACUAAGGCGAAGCAUCUGAGAGAGAUCGCGUCCAUCGAGAACGAGGGGAACUGGACUCAAAGGAAAGAUGUGCUAGUUAAUGAACUCAGAGAAUCAAAAACAGAAUCAAGGAGCCUGUAUUAUAACAAUUUGGAAAAGAAGAAAGAUCUCAUUAAUAAGCAUGAAAAUGUUGUCCUUCUUGACAAGAAGAUCAGGAAUAUGCAAAAAUUGACCGAUGUCAAACAGAAAGUUUCUCCUAAAGAGGAAGAUAAGAAAGAAGACUCUGGUAUUGAAGACCUUGAUGAAAAGGUAAAACAAGCAACUAAAGCAAUGGAAGUUGAAGAGAAAAGAAAUCAGAUAGAAAUUCACAAGCAAAAGGCUGAGAUUAGUAAUCUAGAGCACCUUGUCGAGAUUGCUGCUCUCAAAUUAAGAGAGAAAGAGCAAGAAAAUAGACUUUGAGAGCUCAAAAUUAAGGAAAUUAAGAGACAGACAAGGCAUAAUGCGCUCAAGCCUCUUGAUUAUGAGCCUCAGACUUCAAGGGAGCUUAACUCUGAUGUCCAGAUUUACAGGCCUAGUCAUAAAAGUACUACUUUAGAGAAAUCUGAGAAUAGUAACAUUCAAGGAAUUCUCAACCAAGAAUUGGUUGGAGAACUCACCGAAGAAAACAUCAAACUUCAUGAAGAAAAUAUGAAGGAUUAUAGAGCAGAUGACGACUACGAAUUUUACUCCGGAUUUGAAGAUGGAUCCGGAGAAGACCCUAAAAGUAAGCCAGCUAAAUAA